UUGUCAGUCCAAAAAUUAAACGAGCCACGAGCAGAGCACGCGACCGAUAAAAGUAAUAAUAAAUCCAAAGUAGUGCAAUCCGAGAGAUAAAAGAGCCAAGAAAGAUGCCAACAAGCUGCAAACUCAUUCUCUGCCUGCUUCUGGCCAUGUACAGCAUACAAGUGCUAUUGGCCGCCUGUGUGUGCUCGGAAAAGGGCUCGGACUACUGCCAGAGCUGUCAAGGACCCACGGUGAUCCGGCCCAAGCCCCGCUACUACGAGCCCAGCGAGGUGAACCUCUCCCCCAUUGGAGACAACUGCUGGUGCAGCAAGCAACUGAUCGAGCCGGCACAACUGCCGAAGACCUGCGGAAAAACCACGCCCUGCAAGCCCACCUGCUCCUGCCAGCAGUCCUCCGACAGCAGCUACGCCGGAUCCUCCAGCACCGGAUCCGUCUACGGAAACAUCGCAUAUGCGGCGGAAAAGACCCAGGAUGACAGUCCGGCGGCAGAUCCCAUCAGUGUGAGCCUGGCCGCCCAGGCUGGCAAGGCCAUCAAUGUCCCGGAGGCCAAGCUGGCCUACGGAUUCGCCCAGAAGCCCGUCGAUGGCGAGAAGAAGGUCUACUUCUCGGACGUGCCCGAGGAGAAUCUGUUCAAGCUGAAGAGCGAGGUGAUCACCUUGAAGAAGCGCAACUAUGUGGCCAAGCAGGAGGAGGAGGAGUACGCCGAGGAGGAGGAGGAGGAGCAGUCCUCCGGUGACGAGGAGGCUGCCCCCCAACUCACCUACAAGCAACUGGGCUACUCCACCGAACAGUUCAAGAAUCCCAAGUUCAAGAAGAUCACCUCCAGCUCCAGCUACGCCUCCAAGGACUACAAGGACUCUGGCGAUAGUUACGGAAAGGUGGCCGGCAAGGUGUCCGUGGACUGCGGCUUCAAGCCCGGCAAGAUCACCUCGUACAGGAACUCCAGACGCCAGGAAACCGAAGGCAGUUACUACUAAACCACAUUGAUCUCGAUCCUCUUGGGAUGUACAUAUGUAUAUAGGAUAAGGACCUCUAAGUUAGCUCUAACAAAUAUAUAUUUAUGAAAGCAUAAA